AUGGCAGCCCGCAGAGCAGCAUCGAUUCUUCUUGUCGCCGUCCUGGCACUUUCCAGCACCUUUGUCUACGCUGACGAAGAGACUGCCAAGAACGAGACCGGAUUGGCGUUGUCGCGUGCCAAGCGUCAGUGUUGUUCAUCAUCGUCCAACUCAUGCUGCGGUAAUAACAACAACGUGCAAUGCAUCCCAAUUUGUCUGCAACAAUGCCAAAACUCGUGCCAAUCUGUGCAAUGCGUGCAACAGUGUCAGCCAGCGUGUAACCAACAGUGCGGCGGUGGAAACCAGGUCAUCCUUCUCCCACAAACCAGCUCAUGCAACCAGUGCCAACAACAAUGCAUCAGCUCGUGCGCCACCCCAAUCUGCGCCCAAUCGUGCAACAACCAGUGCUCCAGCUCGUGCGGCAACUCCUCCCCACAAAUUGUCGUUCUCCAACCACAACAGAACCAAUGCGGAUCGUGCCAAUCGUCCUGCCAACAGACAUGCCCAACAUGCAACUGCCAAUCGGCUUGCGCUCCAGCCUGCGGAGGAAACAACAACAAUCAGCAAAUCAUCGUUGUUCAACAGGACAACUCAUGCUCAUCCAACUGCAACAACCAAUGCUCCAGCUCAUGCUCCACACCAAUCUGCAUUCAGUCCUGCCAAUCCUCCUGCCAACAGGCUUGCCAGCCAACUUGCCAGCCACAAUGCAUGCCAUCAUGCUCGUCUAGCUGCACUUCCAACCAGGCGCCAAUUGUGAUCGUCGCCCAGCAAGGAGACUCCUGCUCCAACUCGUGCUCCAACCAGUGCCAGUCCGCGUGCCCAACUCCAAUCUGCGUCCAACAGUGUAACUCGCAAUGCCAGAACCAAUGCUCCAACUCGUGCUCCGGAAACAGCUGCAACCAACAACAGGUCAUCGUCCUCCAACAACAAGACAACUGCCAGAACCAAUGCCAAUCCUCAUGCAUGAACACCUGCCAAUCGUCGGCCACCGUUCUCCAAUGCCAGCCAAUCUGCCAACAGACAUGCCAGAACACAUGCCAACAGGCCGCCCAGAUUGUCGUCCCAUGCCAAUCGACAUCUUCCGGAUGUGGAUGCUCCUCCGGAUACUCCCAAUGCGGAGGAUCAUGCUGCCGUCGCCGUUAA